AUGAACAACAGCUCUGAACCCAACCCAGCCACUACAGGGACCGACGCAGUACCCGGGUUUCCUCCCUCUUUCGUGUACCCAGUGGCGACGUGUCACAUCUUAAUUGUCGCUGUGGCAGUCCUUGGAAACCUCAUAGUUUGUUACGCAAUAAUCACUAACAAAAGUCUCCGAAGCAGCCCAACAAAUUUGUUCAUUUUCUCGUUGGCGUUCUCAGAUCUUUUUACUGCAACAUUAGCAGUACCAUUUGACAUAGAAGGCCUUUUCCUUAACUGGGCUUGGAAGCAUGGAGAAAUAAUGUGCGAGGCGUGGAUUACCAUUUACCUUAUCACUGUACCCACGUCCAUUUUGACCCUUUUGGCCGUGAGCGUGGAUCGUUACAAGAGCCUUAAAGAUCCCUUGAAUCGAUUUCGCCGCUUCCGAUUUAUAACACGAAAGAGAGCUUUAAUUGUUAUUUCUGUCAUCUGGCUUUACAGCUUGAUUUUUGCUUUAAUUCCCGUCAUGGGCUGGAGAGCAUUUAAAGAGUUUGUUUAUGAGGGAGUCUGCUACUUUCCUUUCACUGAAAUUUAUUCCACUCUCAGCUCUUGCCUAAAUUUCAUCAUUCCACUGCUGGUAACGUGCGGUAUCUACGUUAAGAUUUACCUCAUAGCGAGGUCUCAAAGCAGCACUUUUGAUAAAGAGAUCUCACUACAAAUGCGUACGACGGAAGCCUGUUCACGACAAACGCGUUCAACUGAAGAAAAGAAAAUCUAUUUAAAGAAUAUUCGAGCGGCCAAGACUAUCUCCAUCUUUGUAGCCGUGUUUUUCUUUUGCUGGGUUCCUCACUCUUUCAUCAGCAUCACUGCCAAUCUCUGUCAAUCAUGCCGAGCUAAAAUCCCAAAUGAAGUUCGUGUUCUAGUUUUGAUGUUUGGAUACCUUAAUUCUGCCCUCAACCCAUUUCUUUUCGCUUUUCGAAACAAAAGGUUCAAGGCCGCCUAUUCAGCACUAUUUUAUUAUUCAUUCAAAAUAAUUCCUAGUUUAAAAACAUAGCUAAAACAAGCUUACCUGCAUCGAUGUUAAGUUUAUCUUCGAUAGUUUACGUUUAGGUGUGUCCAGCUCCGCAAAUAUUCUCCAAAUAGCAGAUGUCGCCCUCCGAGUUGUCUUCUUGCUGUUUUUGCUAUGUUUUAAGCCAUUAUUCCGUCUAGUUCCAGCUGUAGUUCUUACUCUUAAAACGAGUGAAGUGUCCGCCAUGUUAGUUUUUACAACGAAAACAACUCAAUCUCGUCCCCAGGUCUUCUCGGUUAACGGUGCAUUAACCUGUAGAAGGCUGCAUUUUUGACGUCAUUUCCAAAAAUUCUUCCAAAUUUGGUCAUCAGUAACUGGUUAUGGUGAAUUAUGCGUGUGCUUUUAGCCAAUCAGAAUUGGGGAAAUAUUUUGAAUGAAUAAUAAUUAACUUUAAAGGUAACAAUACAACAAAUAAAAAAAUUGAGCUAUUAUAUAGAGAUAAAUAAAAGUAUAAUUGCACAAUGUCCCGGCGUCGAAAUGUCCAUUGUCACCACAGGCCAGUUAGCAAUUAUUGGAUGAGGCUGAGUAUGAUCUGAUUGAGGAGGGUGGUAUCCUCCAAAAACGAAGGCUGAGGUGGAUAACAACCUUCGAGAUCUGCAUAAUUCUUCACAUCAUACGAAAGACGAAUCUAAUAAUUGUUUUGACUAUCCAUUCAAAACGAUUUGUACUUUAAAACACGCUUGCCUCGAUUGAUGUUAAAUUCCCGUCUCAAUUUGUAUGUUCCUCCGCAAAUUCAGGAUACAAACAGAAGUUUAGUAGCAGCUGUCAUCCCUUGACUUGUAUUUUUACUGUUCUUCCUGUUUUUAGGCAGAAGUUCGGCUGUUUCCUCUUCACAAAACGUGUGAAAUUUUCUGCAAUAUUCUCCAGCUCUACAAAAACCGCUGAGCUAACGCAACCUCGUCCCCAGUGGCCUCUCGGUUGCCGUCCAUUCUCCCGGCGAUAGCCUGUACAAUAAACAUCAUUUUAUCGAAAAUCGCAAACGUCUUCCAAAUAGGCCAUUUGCGAAUUGCUCGAAACCCUGUUUCAUAGCCUGCGAAAAUAUCCGUUCCUCCUCGCGAAACGUCCCCAGCGGCGAAGAGCGAGGAAUAAACGGAUGUUUUCGCAGGCUACUGUUUCAAAGCCAGGGUUAGUACAAAGCAAGAGCCAUAAUCGGGGUAUUACACCGAAACUAGCCGUGCAGUGCAGGCGUUUUCUUCGUGCACGCGAAUGUUUUGCUCGCGAAAUCGCAUGUUGAAACUCGAAAAGAGGGGAGAAAAUGGGGCGAGUCAAAAGAAGCGGGUAUUUUUACUUUCCCUAAUCUUCUUCCCUCAUAGAGUGGUUUUCGUUUGAGUGUCGUAAAACCAAAACCAAAGUAAUUACUCUGGCCAAUCACAUAGGACACAGACAAUACAUUGAACCAAUCAAAACUCGAAGUAACAAUCAUGCCGAGCUAAAAUCCCAAAUGAAGUUCGUGUUCUAGUUUUGAUGUUUGGAUACCUUAAUUCUGCCCUCAACCCAUUUCUUUUCGCUUUUCGAAACAAAAGGUUCAAGGCCGCCUAUUCAGCACUACUGCGUACGAUGAAAGCUAGACCUCUAUUUACAAGCAGUUUGAGACGUCGCUCCACUUUAACAGCUAGUACUUGUCAUUCUGAACUUCCAGAUCUACAAGAUAGCGUGGUUCGCCUACAGUUGGCUAAAACGAAACGAGAAAGCUGA